AUGGAAAAUGACGGGGAGAAAAUAGCGGGGAAGCGAGUACCCCUCAAGCGAAGCAGAAUGGACUUCGAAGAUGAUGACGAGUCGAUAGAAGAUUACUCUGAGUACAAUCGUUCGGAUGAGGAUGAGGGAGGAUGGCGGACGGAAAAUGAUAGCGAAGAUUCGAAUGACGAACAGGAAAUCGAGGAGCACGAAUAUACCACCUCCGAUGACCCGGCGCGACCAAUUAAAAUCCGGCUAUUUUUGGCAGAUGAAGGAUUCAGCGAAUCUAAGUGGAUGAAAAACUUUGUCGCCGAAUGCACCUACGAUGGCGUCACUGUCGCCAACGCUCUAGCCCGGUAUAUUCAUCGAGAAGGUGUUCGCCCUGAGUUCUGGGAAAGGAUGGAAGAGCCUAGCGAGGAAACGUGCGAUGUGGCCUUCUAUAUCUUUGAUCGAUAUGGAACAGUCUAG